AUGAAUGGAAUCAAAGGCUAUAUCUAUAUCGAGGCCUUCAAACAAACUCACGUCAAGCAAGCGAUUCAAGGGAUGGGAAACUUACGGCUCGGCAUUUAUAGGCAGACAAUGGUUCCCAUCAAUGAGAUGACGGAUGUGUUGCGCGUCACGAAAGACAACCAACAGAUCAAAGUGAACCAAUGGGUGCGCCUCAAGAGGGGCCUCUAUAAGGACGACUUGGGACAAGUGGAUUACGUGGACACCGCCCAGAAUCAGGUCCACCUGAAGCUCAUUCCCCGCAUAGACUACACGCGACUGAGGGGUGCGUUGAGGGCCGCGACCAACGAGAACGACAGUCUGAAGCGUAAGCGCCAGAAGCGUCCGCUGCCGAAGCUCUUCGAUAUGGACGCGAUUCGUGCGAUCGGUGGCGAAGUGACCAACGAUGGGGACUUCAUUAUCUUCGAGAGCAAUCGAUACCGUCGGGGCUUUCUGUACAAAGCGUUCACAACGACAGCGCUGCUGAUCGACGGCGUGAAGCCCACGCUCUCCGAGUUGGAGAAGUUUGAGGAACACCCGGAAGGCAUUGAACUACAGCUCAGCGAGAGUACGAUCGCCGAAGACAAGGGCCACAGCUUCUCACCCGGCGAUACCGUCGAGGUAUGCGAAGGAGAGUUGGCUCACCUCCUGGGAAAGAUCAUUACCAUCGAUGGCAAUAAGAUAACGAUGAUUCCGCGCCACGAAGACCUCACGGAUCCGCUCGACUUUCAGGCGCAUGAACUCCGGAAGUACUUCGAAACGGGUGAUUACGUGAAAGUAAUCGCCGGUCGCUAUGAGGGCAACACCGGACUUAUCGUACUCGUAGAGGACUCGCAGAUCGUAAUCGUCUCCGACCUAACGACGGAUGAGCUGAAGGUAUUGCCCAAAGACUUGCAACUGUGCGCCGAUAUGGCGACGGGUGUGGACACGUUGGGUCACUUCCAAUCGGGAGAUUUAGUACAAAUGGACGCACAGACUGUCGGUGUGAUCGUACGGCUCGAGAAGGAGAACUUUCAGGUACUGAACCAAAACGGAAAGUUAGUUCACGUCAAACAUCAGGCGGUGUCUAAGAAGCGCGACUCUCGGCGAGCGGUGGCUCUCGACUCCGAACAGAACCAAAUCCAAGUGAAAGAUUACGUGAAAGUGAUAGACGGCCCGCACUCCGGACGUCAGGGAGAGAUUAAACACUUGUACCAAAACUCGGCGUUUCUCUACUCGCGAAUGAUGUCAGAAAACGGCGGUAUAUUUGUCUGCAAAACACGACAUUUGAUACUCGCCGGCGGUUCCAGACCUCUGUCGGCCUCUCGCGUUAUGAACACCAGCACCGGGUAUAUGUCUCCCCGCAUAGCGGCCUCACCCGCACACCCGUCGAGAGGUAGAGGCGGUGGCGGCGGUCGGGGAAUGAACGCGAAGGGCGGUCGCGACCGAUUGGAUCUGGAACUGAUCGGGAAGACAAUUAAGAUAACUCAGGGAACGUAUAAGGGAUACAUCGGUAUCGUGAAGGACGCCAUCGGGACCAUAGCUCACGUCGAACUGCACGCCAAGUGUCAGACGAUUACUGUAGAUAAGACACGUAUCGUAGUUGUGGGCAGCGGUGGCGGCGAAAAGGGCGCCAGCGGUGGUGUUUACACAUACGGCCGAAACACACCCAUGUAUGGCAGUCAGACCCCGAUGUACGGCACCGGCAGUCGUACGCCAACGUAUGGCGGGGCCAAUACGCCUCUGCACGACGGGUCUCGCACUCCCGGCCACACGCCCUCCAUCUGGGAUCCCACCGAUCAAUGGAUUCACUGA